CAUCUAUAGCAACGAGCUGUACUGGCCAGCUACUGUUUUCCUGCUCCCUGGAGGGCUGCUCCCAUCCAGCCCUCACUGGCAAGCUCCUUCCAGACGGGGGCUGCAUCUUCACCAUGUAUUUGGGGGCAGCUGAGGCCUGGGGGGAGACUCCACCACGAGUACAGAUCAUCCAACAGCCGAUUCCCCAACAGCCAAUGACAGUAUUUCAGCAGAUCCCUGGGAUCCUGUCUCCUUUCACUCAGCCCGUAAGGCCAGGACACGUCCGAGAAGAUCUGAUAGAGUUCAUGAUGAUACAAAAUGCCCAAAUGCAUCAGGUGAUCAUGAACAACAUGACGAUGGCCGCACUGACAUCCUUUGGAUUCAACCCAGCUCCCGCUGCUGCCCAGGUGAACCUGGUCCCUCUGCACACUGAAGAUGAAGAAGCAGAUGUGGUAUUUCACCACCAUUACGCACCAUACCCCAGCACCACUCCCAGCCCCCCAUGGCAGCCCCUGGCACAGCCUCCAGCAUGGGCACUGGAGCCCCCUAGCAUACGCCAUGUCGGCCUGGACCCACACCCAGCCCCAGCAGGCAGGAUUCGGGAGGACAAAGUGGUCCCUCCGCCCCCGCCGCCCAGCGCCACGGGGACAGUGGGAGCUGACGUCCCACCGGCCACUGAGUAUUACGACUACACCCAGGGCAAGCUGUGAGCCUGGCUCUGUGCCUCCUGGGAGCUCUCCUCUUCGCCUGCACCCGCGUCCCUGCCUGGCUCCAGGGAUCCCUGCUGCAGCAGGUGUCCCCCCAGCCCAGCGAAGCUGGUGCGUUGGGCCCUGACCGACCGCUCUGUCCUUUGUCCCCCCUCAUUAACUGGACUAGCUCCGGCAGCGACGGGCUGCCAUCUGAUGCGUCCUCUCCCUUCCUCUGCUGCCAUGGAAGGGACCUCGAGGUUCCUGGGGAAGUGGACAGUCCUGGUAUCCUGGGCCUGGGUCUCCCAGGAUGGGCAGGGCUGGUGCCUGGUUGUCAGCUAUGUCUGAGUGCCACCUUGGCCUGCACCAUCCUUAUGUGACAGCCAUGCUCUUGGCCCACACACCGGGGAUUGAACUGGCGCCCUCCCAAGCUAGCCGUGAGUGCCUGGAGCUGGGCGCCGUGACAGCUGUGGAUAGGCCUGAGGGGGAGCUGACGUACCGCUCACCAGUGGGUUACACACGCACCACUGGUAUCUCCAGGGUAUGAGGGAACGAGCCAGCUGCCUGCCCUCUGGAUCACAUUGAGAUGAGCAGGAAGGCACAGGGCAGCGUCUGGCCAACAGAGGGGCAGGUGUCACGGACUCACAGGACUCGUGCUCUCUCCCGGCUCUGUAUGGUCUCUGGGAGGAACCCCCUUUGGUGUGACAGCCCUUCUCAGGGGUCCACUCUCUCUUGUGGGUCAAGCCAUAGGCCCUUCUGCCUCCUGGAACCACACCUUACUGAGCCUUAGCACGCCUGUCUCUGCCAUGGGCCCCCCAGGGAGUCCACUCGCUCUGGACCCUUGGGGCCUCCAUGCCCAGAGGGAAUAAUGCAACCCUGUUCUCUAGACCGGAGUGACUCUCAGCCAGCAUUAAACAGGAGGGUUUAUUGAGCAUCUGAACACAGCACAGGAAACUCUCAGGGCCUCAGGCCUAGCUUCCCUCAGCACAGGACGUCUAGGUUUCUACAGCCUCCAGAUGGGCUCUGCUUGCUCUCCCCUCCCAGCCCAAAGACCCCCUGCUUCCAGCUGGGCAUCCGAUAUCACUGUCCCCCAAGUCCAGCCUCUGUCCUUUGUUUUCUGUCCUAUGUAAACAGGCCUCCCUGAGCCUCCUCUCCUCUCAUCCAUCCUUUGUUUCCCCUCUGGCUGGAACCAGCUGGUCAGGUCACCAGGGUCCUCUCUUCACAGCCAAUUGUCCUCCCACUGGCCAGAACUGGCUACGACUCCUGAGCUGGGCCUCCCGGUCACCAGGUCACCAGUUGCUGGGGUACACAUUCUCCAGGCCGUUCGCUUGGCCCUCUGUAACAACAAACUCCCUCUCCCACCACCUUGUUAAACCAGUAACACCCAGGGAAACUGAGUCCCAUGCUCCCUACAUGCAAACCGUUGAACACAACAGAAACCUCCCUGCUUCGUCACAGCAGGCUGUGACCCAGAGUGAGCAGAAGGAGACAGGAGAGAGAGGGCAGGGUGGAGGCUGCAGCUGGCCGAGCCCAGCAGAGCAGUGGCCAGGAGGAGCAGCCCUUGGGGGCUGGGGGCAGAACAGGAGGCAGAGCAGCCCAGUGAGGAUCAUAGAAUCAUAGAAUAUCAGGCUUGGAAGGGACCUCAGGAGGUCAUCUAGUCCAACCCCCUGCUCAAAGCAGGCACAAUCCCCAACUAAAUCAUCCCAGCCAGGGCUUUCUCAAGCCUGACCUUAAAAACUUCUAAGGAAGGAGAUUCUACCACCUCCCUAGGUAACGCAUUCCAGUGUUUCACCACCCUCUUAGUGAAAAAGUUUUUCCUAAUAUCCAACCUAAACCUGCCCCACUGCAACUUGAGACCAUUACUCCUCUUUCUGUCAUCUGCUACCACUGAGAACAGUCUAGAUCCAUCCUUUUUGGAACCCCCUUUCAGGUAGUUGAAAGCAGCUAUCAAAUCCCCCCUCAUUCUUCUCUUCUGCAGACUAAACAAUCCCAGUUCCCUCAGCCUCUCCUCAUAAGUCAUGUGUUCCAGUCCCCUAAUCCUUUUUGUUGCCCUCCUCUGGACGUUUUCCAAUUUUUCCACAUCCUUCUUGUAGUGUGGGGCCCAAAACUAGACACAGUACUCCAGAUGAGGCCUCACCAAUGUCGAAUAGAGGGGAAUGAUCACGUCCCUCGAUCUGCUGGCAAUGCCCCUACAUAUACAUCCCAAAAUGCCAUUGGUCUUCUUGGCAACAAGGGCACACUGUUGACUCAUAUCCAGCUUCUCGUCCACUGUAACCCCUAGGUCCUUUUCAGCAGAACUGCUGCCUAGCCAUUCGGUCCCUAGUCUGUAGCGGUGCAUGGGAUUCUUCCGUCCUAAGUGCAGGACUCUGCACUUGUCCUUGUUGAACCUCUCAGAUUUCUUUUGGCCCAAUCCUCCAAUUUGUCUAGGUCCCUCUGUAUCCUAUCCCUCCCCUCCAGCGUAUCUACCACUCCUCCCAGUUUAGUGUCAUCGGCAAACUUGCUGAGGGUGCAAUCCACACCAUCCUCCAGAUCAUUAAUGAAGAUAUUGAACAAAACCAGCCACAGGACCGACCCUUGGGGCACUCCACUUGAUACUGGCUGCCAACUAGACAUGGAACCAUUGAUCACUACCCGUUGAGCCCGACAAUCUAGCCAGCUUUCUAUCCACCUUAUAGUCCAUUCAUCCAGCCCAUACUUCUUUAACUUGCUGGCAAGAAUACUGUGGGAGACCGUGUCAAAAGCUUUGCUAAAGUCAAGGAAUAACACGUCCACUGCUUUUCCCUCAUCCACUGAGCCAGUUGUCUCAUCAUAGAAGGCAAUUAGGUUAGUCAGGCAUGACUUGCCCUUGGUGAAUCCAUGCUGACUGUUCCUGAUCACUUUCCUCUCUUCUAAGUGCUUCAGAAUUGAUUCCUUGAGGACCUGCUCCAUGAUUUUUCCAGGGACUGAAGUGAGGCUGACUGGCCUGUAGUUCCCAGGAUCCUCCUUCUUCCCUUUUUUAAAGCUGGGCACUACAUCAGCCUUUUUCCAGUCAUCCGGGACCUCCCCUGAUCGCCAUGAGGAUGGCGCGGUGCUGCUGGGAGAGUCCUAAGGGAGCAGGCGUAGCGACCCAUAGUGCUAGGGGAGGCAGCGGGGCCUCAGGGACAGUAGGAUGGGGCUGGGGAGAGCGGUCUGAGCAGAGGCCAGGGCUGACUGGCCCUUGAGGAGGCAGGAGCUCGGAGGCCAGUUGGUGGGUGGGUCCCCAGUGGAGAGGGGGCUGGCCCAGCCCUUUAGGCCCAAGGGGCCAUAUGGGGAGAGCUGUCUGCAGGGAGGGGACAUGGGAUCCUUGCCAGGGUGCUAUGGGGCUGUGCCAACCCAGACACUGGCAGCAGAGCUGAGCCCAGGCCUAAGACUCAAGAGGGGAUGGGCAUGAGGGACAAGGACAACCAGGAACCCUCCUAUUGAACUGUCCCUAGGGGCUCAGGGAGGAAUUCCCCUCUCCUGGGCCAGUUACACCCCUGUUCUGCCAGCCCAAGGGGUGGCUCCGCCUUCAUGGUGAGCCGUGGCUUUAUAGCAGCUGGCCCGUGUUCUGAAACAUACCCAGGGCUGGCCUGUGGGUCCGUGCUGCGCCAGGCCGCUCCCUGCCAUGGGGUGCUGUGCGGCUGCACCAGGCACAAAGGGGGUCCCAGCAGUAGGUUGAGGGCUGGGGGACUGUAGAUGAGGCACGUGGGGCAGCCCAGGGUAAGGGCCGGCCAGGCUGCAUGGCCCAUGCAGGACGGCUGAGGCCAGGCUGCCCAUAUCAUCCUGUCCUGGGAACUUCUCUGAGGCUCCCGGAGCUGCCCCCACUCCAGCGUGGCAGGGACCUGCUGGCCACCACAGCAGGAAACCCUCAGGGAGUAAAAGGCCCAGCCAAAGGAGAGGAGCAGGGUCACUGCAGACCCUGCCCCAUCCCACGGUUCAUCGGGGCCUCUCCAAACAGCCCAGCCACCUGUAGAAACUGGGCUGCUGACCGAGAUCACCCUGAGAGAGGGGCCCUAGGAAGGGGAAGGAGCCUUUCCUCCUGCACCUGGCAGCCAGCUCCGCUCCCAGAGACUGUGGGGGGCGGUGGGGGUGGAGUGCGGGGGAAUGGCCAUCAGAGAGAGGGUUUGGGAUGAUCACAUCCCCACCACCCCCAGCUGGGGGCAGGUGGUGAGGAGCAAAGAGGUGGCCUCAGCUGGGAAGUUAAUCCAUCCAGGCCCUCCGCGAUGGAUCAAAGGAUGGGGCACAAUGGUGACUAAACUCUGUGAUAAGCCCCUGGCUCCCACCCGGCAGACUCAGAGUGUGAGAGCUGGGUUUCUUUAAGGAGAAGAACACAGAGCUUAGCAUGGCUCAGCUACUUCCAGAGAGCCCGUCGUGAGGAACCCAAAUAACCCCCAGCCCACUGUCCCUUGUGAUGGCCCAUCUGGAGGAAGGGCUCCCAGGACUGGUAAGUUAUCAUCUCGACUGGGACAAUCUGGAGGUCACAAGGUGGCAAAACAAAUGAGGCUUUUACCUCCCACACCUUGUCUAUCCUGAAAGCCCCUCCCUCCUCUAGCUGCCAUGGGAUCUCCACUGCAUGCCCUGAGCCUGCUCCUUCUCCUGAGCCCACCACAUCCCUUCCCUACAUCUCCGCAGGUCACCUCAGCCUUAGGUUGCCCGCUGUGGAAAGGUCACCUGAUCGGCAGGAGCGCUGUGCCAUUUCUCUAGCUCUAGGUUUCUCCAGUGCCUGUGUCAUGAAUAUAGAGGGAAGGGUAGCAACCUUUAUGUAUGCAGUAGCAUAAAAUCCCUCCUUGGCAGCUGUACUGAAUCGCCUUACCUGUAAGGGGUUAAGAAGCUCAAAUAACCUAGUUGGCACCUGACCAGAAGGACCAUGAGGAAAGAAGAUACUUUCAAAUCUCGGGGGGAAGGAUUUGUUUGCUGUUCUCUUUUGUUGUUCCCUCUCCAGACAGAGGGAGAAGCCAAGCAGGUACAUCAUUUUCUGAAAAUAUACCUGGAAUAAUCCACCUAGAACCACAGAAAUUGUAAGUAGGGCAAGGAAAUGCAUUAGGUUAUCUUUUGUUUUGGCUUGUGAAUUUUCCUAUGCUGCAAAGGUAGUUCUAUUCCUGUUUUUGUAACUGUGAAGCUGAGCCCAGAGGGGAAUCCUCUGUGUUUUAAAUCUUUUUAUUACCCUGUAAAGUGACCUUCCAUCCUGAUUUUGCAGGUGUGAUUCUUUUACUUUUUUCUUUAUAAUAAAGUUCUUCUUUUAAGAA